AUGGCCCCCUUCGCAGUCUCAGAUCUGAAGAGGCGUGCAGGGGAAGGAUACACUUCCACGAAAGACAAGUACUCGAGCACACCCAGUAGCAAUCUCGGAUACAAUCCUCCGCGCCCUGGGAAUCGCUUUCAUCCUCCGCCACCACAAGCUCCUCGUAAUGGCGCACAACCCGUUCCUCCCGUACCGGAGAGUUACGACGAUGAGGAGGCUGAACCCGAUCGCAUCGACUGGGCGAAUCUAUCAUACGAGGACAAGCAAGUCUUCUUCAGCUGGCUAGACGAAUUCUUCUCGCGCUUCACCGGCCGACCGAUCUCCUCCUUUGUACCAGCUGUGCACGCCGAGCCAUCGGGCGAGCCCAGCCCCAUAGGAACUCCUCCCAUUACGCCUGCUCUGCCUCGGCGUCCUACCGCUGCAAACGCUGUGGCUCCCGAUGUCGUGCCGCCACCCAUGCCUCCCCGUCGGACUUCAUCGGCACCAUUGGCACCACCGAUGCCCCCUCGUAGAGCUUCAUCGCAGUCAUCGGCCCCGCCAAUGCCCCCUCGUAGGACUUCAUCACAGUCAUUGGUCCAGGCCCCGCCAAUGCCUCCUCGUCGUAGCGACACAUCACCACAAACGCCAUCUGGCAAUGGGAUCCCCCCUCCGCGACGGGCCAUGCCACCACCACCUGCGGGCCCCCCCAAACCUAACUAUAAUACCCGGCCGAGCGCACCCAACAGGGAAACCUCGGUGCACAAACCUGCUACACCAGGUGGCGACCCACUGGCCGAACUCCAGAUGUCGUACCCGGCCAGCACUGCACACGGCUCUACUGCAGCCGAUCUCGCCCACUACUUCUCUGCAGAUACGAUAUGGGGCCCUGGUGAUGACUGGUACACCUCAUCGCCCGUGCCGACUAUGCACUCCGGUCCUGAUGCUCAAAUACGCGGUAGUGGUGCUUUCAGGAGUUUCCCCAGCAGUGACACCACGGUCCUACAUUCAGGAAUCAUCUUUGCAGACAUGAGCGUCUGCUACUUCCGGGUGACAUACCCGUCUGGUCCUCAUUCGCCCGACGAUUACCGCAUCCGACGCGAAGCUUGGUACACUCUUCGUCCUCCGCCCAUGUCAGGAGACGCACUCGUCGCCGCUCACGACACCUAUGGAGAGAUCAUCGCUUCAUUCGCAGAAAGCCAUGUCGCAAGCGGGCAAAAGGUGUGGCGUGGCGAGUGCUGGGAUAUAGCCUACAAAGGGCUCGAGCUUGCGAGAGAGCAAUGUCCGGAUCAGCCACCCGUACCAAGCAUCUCUCGCUGCCACGGACACCUCAUCUACUGUGGCAAGCCCGGACAAGGUCGUUGGCGUGGCGGCGACACCCGUGUACGGCGGGGAGACAUCGUCGAGUGGCGCCUCGCACGCGUAAAGAGGAUGGGUCAAUGGUCGACUAUCGGAGCCCCAGAUCAUACCGCCGUCAUCGUGAAGGACUGUAUUCCCUCGAUCCCCGUAUCCGAUGGAAGCUUCCUUACACCUGCCGAACUGGGAGACCUCACCAUCGUGGGGCAAAACCCGAAUCCGCCAAGAGUGUCCACAGUACCGCAUGCUACAAUGGCAGAGGGCGAGGUCUGGAUCUAUCGCCCCGUCUGUAUGCAGGAGUACGUUGGAUUUGAGCUGGGAUCGGCAGAUCCACCUGCGGGGUUGCGCGUUAUCUCGAUCUGA